CAUACUUUUCACAGACUGCGCAUGCGUGAUGAUUCAGCACCGUUCUGUCGCGAAAAUGCGCUAGUACUCCGGAGCAUCAGCAUCAGGCAUGAAUGAAGAAACGAACAGUGGACACACGCCUCCCGCGUUUGCCUUCAUCGAAGAAGCAACCCCGAGCACAAGCCGUGAAGGCGCCGAGGGUUCUUUAGGCACUUUCGACGAUUACACUACGAUUUGUGACAACUCCUUCGAAGACCUAUGGAACGCUUUCAACCUCCUGACCGAUGCCACUGACGUCGAUGAUGCCACUGACAGCGGAAGCACCAGUCAGCCGCCCAUGGUGUCAAGCACCAGCGCCCAACACGCCAGGCCUACCACAAGCCAUGCUGACAUGGAGAAACUAUCGUUUACCCCUGAAGACAACGCGAGCAUUCCUGAGGACGCCUGGAAGUACCAGGGGAACACGCAGCCCCCACCGAUAACCGACGGGGCUUACAACGUCGACGGUGUCACUGACAAUGGCAGCACAAGCUACCAGCACCGGGGGUCCAUCAGCCGCAUCGAUAACGCAAGGCCCAGCACAAGCCGCGCUGGCAUGGAGAAAGCAUCAGGCAAUUUCGAAGACGGCGCCACAAUUCCCGAGAACACCAGAGUUCACCAAGGGAGCCCACAUUACCAACAGGCUGAAGGCACAUCCACUGUCUACGCCCCUCUGGUUUCAGCGUAUCCAGACCAUACAGAAACCGGAACCGGCUUCACACUACCGGUCUACAACAGCAGCGGUGGCAGUGAUUACCCAGUGGCCAGUACGAGCCAGACUGGCACAGAGGAAGCAUCGGGCACUUCGGGAAAUGAGGCUAGGAGUGCUACUGCAACCGGAGGAAUUGAACAGCAAGAGUCCGGCGCUGUCAGACCAAGCGAUGAAUCGCCUUCCAAGAAGUCGAAAUACCAAUGUGAAAUAUGUGGUAAAUUUUUAAGCAGGGCUGAAACUCUAUCUGCACAUUACCGCACGCAUACCGGGGAGAAACCGUACAAAUGCCAAUUAUGUGAGAAAUCAUUCGCGCACAGGACGAAUUUCCAUGAUCAUCAACGGAUUCACACAGGUUUGAAAUCCCAUAUCUGCGAAAUAUGUACUAAACCAUUCAAUAGCACAACGCAACUUAAAAGACAUCUCAGGUCACACAGUAACGACAGGCCUUUCGUUUGCGACAUAUGUAGUCUCUCGUAUAGGCACAUUAGAAAUCUUCAAAGACACCGCAAAACAGUUCACAGCUGCGAAAUGCCGUAAGAGUACAAACAGUGUGGAUUUCGGUUCGCAAAGAAAGAAAACCUCUACGCACAUAUCUGCCAGAAUAAUAGGUGCCUAUUGUGUGGAUAUUCAUCUAGAGAUGCAUUUGAACUCAUUGCACAUCUGGAGACGCAUACGGCUGGGCACUCACAAAAAAGUGACUAGUGCGCAAGUGCAGUAGUUUGCCUACGGGUUUUGCAUAAGAACGUGACCAUGAACCCGUGCAGGAAGUAAUAGCCGCUGACAUUCUCCCGGGAUUCUUUUGACGUUUAAACUGGUCAGUGAAAUGCAAGAAUAAGGGAUGCUGCUUGAAUUUUCGCGAUUACGAGACAAAACGUCGUCUCCAGCAGAAUUUGGAAUGCAUGAAUGUCGAAGUAUAUUGCAGGUCCUCGCUAGAGUCACUGUUUGCAGAACUAUGCUGUUCCCGCAACGUAGCUUCAGCAGACUCAUUUCUAGACAAACCCUAAUGGGCUGCAACUUUGUGUUUUGUGCCACUAUAGGGUUGAAACGAUCGCACAGAAUCCUUGACACCUCGUUUAGUUCUGUGCGAGCGGUCUGACAGUGUACUAGUACACUAGCUCUACCUAACCAUCCUUUUAUAUAUUCUGCAGUGUGAAAGAAGAGAACACCUCUCAUUAAGAACCAUUUGAAAAGCAGGCACUGUUUUCUUGUAAAGUAAAAAAAAAUAUCUGCCAAUAAUUGAGGUGCUUAUGCCUUGCUGCCUUACAUAGAAAGCUUUUACAACAGUAUAUGGAGAUACAAAAAGGUAAAUUUAUUUCUCUUACAAAUUGUUCAAUGCCUGUAAUGUUUUGGUGCUCUUCGGCUUUUGUAUUCACACCGAAAAGUUUCUUGUUUGUCAUGCUGAUGAAAACAAUAUGACUGUAUUAGACUAAAAUUAUCUGGAGUUUCGCUAUGUAUCUUCUCCCAAUACGAAUAUUUUAGUUGUUUUAUUGAGCUUGAACCUUUGUCAGUUUUAAAGUGCAGUUUCUUAUUCCCUCUUUUGACUUGCACUCCCCUCUAGCUAGAGCUGUAGAAUUUUUUAGCCUGAUGUGACAAACAUAUCCCUGUGCGUGAUAUAGCUUUUA